AUGGAUUGGGCAAGGAUCGCGUUCACGCUUCGCUACGGGGAGAGACGCGGCCGUUGCUUGGCCAUCUGUCUGUCCGUCGUCUGCGUGUUUUGCAUCGCGAGUCAGGCUGACGCGGCGACGACCAACAACAACGAGACGAAGGACGCAUCCGGCUGGGCAUCGGCUGGAUUCCCGUCGGGAGCCGAUUGCUCGGGCGCGGACCCGUCUAAGAAUAUUUCUGUGUCUUGUUACGGGAUCAGGAUCGUGAGGAGGAUCGUGCAACAAUUCUUGGAGAGGUCGAGCCAGGAGCCGAAUCUCGAGAUAUUGGACGGAGUGAGUUUGGUCGAGGUGCCGGCCAAUGCCGCCUCCUCCCCGUUCAGGAAAGGGAAGUUCAUGAAAGGGUUCGGGGGCGUGGGAAGCUUGAUGCAGUUUCUCGAGGGAAGGGAGUUGAGGAUCAAACUGCCCGCCCUGUUGCCGCAGAAUCUCGAGACCGCCCUUCAGGAGAGUUUGCCGGUCGAUCAAGCGAGACGAGGAAACGGCGGAGGAUUCGGGGGCGGCGGCGGCGGCGGAGGAUUCCGCGGCGGGAAGAAAGGCGGCGGCGGAGGGAUGAUGAUGCUGGCUCUGAUGAUGGGCAAGAUGAUGGCCGCGCUAGGAUUCGGCGCUCUCGGUCUGCUGGCCAUGAAGGCGUUGAUGGUGUCCGCGUUGGCCCUGAUGCUCUCGUUGAUCGUGGCCGUGAAGAAACUGGCGAGCGGGCACGAGAGCGGCGGCGGCCACCACGUGGUGUACGCGCAGGACGUCGGCCACCACCAUUACCGGAAGAAACGGUCCUCCUCCAUAGGCGAGGAGGACCUUCCUUACAGGGGAUACGCUCACCUGUUCGCCGACUCGAGGGUGUCCUGAUCCGAAUGUCUUGAUCCCAAGAUCCCGCGCUGGACCGGCUUCGUCGCCUCUUCGAGACGAGACAGCAGCACCGAUACGUUUGUUAAUUAAUUAAAAAAAAGUCGAGGAUGGGAGGGGAAGGGGAGAGAGAGAGAGAGAAAGCACGAGAAGAGACGAGACGAGACGAGGACGGGCGACACUGGACUGGUGACAAUGACAUUGAGACGAUGGAGGUAGUGAGACGGACGAAACACUUGACGCUCCGUUAGAAAGUGACGGUUUUAAAGAUUCUCACACGUGACACGUAAAGUAAAGAGUGUUGAAAACGUAACGAUCGGUUGUGAUGGAUCGCGCGACACGCGAGGAGCAACGACGAAACGAACGGGCGCUGGAGAAAUCCGAGCUUCCUCAUCCAAGCUUCUACUUGACUCGAAGAAUAAUUUAUUUGUUAUCCCUUUCUUUCGUUCUCUCAUCUGAUUCAUUUCUUCAUUUCUUCCUCUUUUGUAUUUAUUUAUUUAUUUAUUUAUUUAUUUAUUUAUUUAUUUAUUUAUUUAUUUGUCGCAACCGAGCAAAUAAAAAUUUCUAUCCAAUUUGUUUGGCUGAAAAACAAAUCGUGUGUGCGUCUGUUCCAUUCUUCUGUCACUUUCCGCCAAUAAAAGGGAGAGAGAGAGAAUAGAAGAAUUUGGCUCCGAAUAUAGAUGGAAAAUUUGUACAAAUUGCCCGUGAUUUAUUUUCUAUUAAGAAAAGGGAAGAAAAUUCGAGAACUGAACCCGAUUAAUUCGAUUGGAAAUUACAUUGGGCCAGAUAUUCCGCUCCAGUUUGUCGCUCGAGCAUAAAAAGAAAAGAGAGAAGAAACUCGAAAAUCCGUUCUAGGAUCAAGAGAGAAGAAAAAUUUAAAAUUCUAUUGGAAAAAAGAAUUGAUAAUCGAGAACAGUUGAACCAACGUGUAUUAAUAUCCGAUCGAAUAUAUAUAUAUAUAUAUAGGAAAAUCGGCCGAUCGAGGAAAGUGUGCCAACGACUCGCCAUUUGCCGUGCGUUGCAUAUUUCACUUUGCUUUCCGCGCUCGCGAUUAAACUCUCCCCCUCCAUUCCUAAUCGAUCGGAUUAACGAGCAUAAAAGUGGCAAAAAGCCACUUAUCACGGCGCGAAUCCCUCCUCGCGUGAUCCGGAUGUCCGCGUUGGCGGAUGGUUGUGGGUAAUCGUGUCUCGCAAGUGGCACAAACCGAUUGUGUAAGAAAUCGUGCAAAGUGAAACGUGGCCGCUCGGUUUCGACCAACGUCUCGCGGCGCGUGAUCGCAAUCGCCGUCAUCAAACUCGAAUUAAUCCAAUUAAUUAAUUAAUUAACAAUACAUGUAUACACAUAAAACUCCAAGUUAAACGAACAAGUUUAUCGUUUGCAUUAUCCUUUUUCUACCAGAGAUUAAAGAAAAUUUUACGAGAGA